CUGAGGCAGCGAGGGAGCCGGGAACUGAAACCCCUGGCCCCAUGUUGGAUGGGUUCCAAGGCCAAGAAGCGAGUGGUGCUGCCCACGCGCCCGGCGCCCCCCACGGUGGAGCAGAUCCUGGAGGACGUGCAGGGUGCGCCCUCCGACGACCCGGUUUUCACCGCGCUGGCCCCGGAAGACGCUGCAGGCCUCCCCGGGAGGGCGGAGGACUCGGAGGCCCGGCAGGAGCAGCUCUACCAGCAGAGCCAGGCCUACGUGGCCAUGAAUCAGCGGCUGCAGCAGGCGGGCGACGGGCUGAAGCUCGCAUGCGAGCAGCUGCGGCGAGCGGGGGAGGAGCUGGAACGCGAGGUCGGCCAGGUGAAGCAGGUGGCAAUGCCCGGCGCCGCAGCUGCCUCCUUGGGCUGAGUGGUCCACCCCUUUGCCCGAGCACCUGCACCCUGGGCAGGGCGCCUCCCGGCUCCCCGUGACUCCUGACCUGGCACAGCUUAGACCCCCGGCCCCUGUGGUCUGGGUGUGUCCCGGUGACCUAGAGAGCCCCGGGCAGACUGAGCUGGUGGGACCCACUGGUGGGACCCACUCUGCUGCCUCUGCCAUCUCCACCUCCACCGGAACCACAGGGCCCCCCGGAUUCUGCAAGAGGCCGGGGUUAGGGUUCUGUUCCGUCCAGCACAGUGGCUGCGGCUGUGCGCGGAGCCCUUGCCCGGCAGGGCCCAGAUGUGAGAUGGAGCCUCUGGCAGGUGCCGGCCCUGAGGAUCCUGAGCUAAGGUGUGGGCGCUCCCGCGGGGCAGGGUCCCGGUCGGGGUGCGGGACCGGCCUGGGAGCUGCGGGACUGCAUCACACGGGGCUUCUGGUCUGGGCCCCAUGAGGACAAGCUGGCCCGUCUCCCAUGCAAGCCCCUGAUGGCUGCUUCCGUCCUGGUAAGCUUUGCCUGUGGGUGUGGGGGCCAUGGAGCAGAAGCAGAUCUUGAAAAGGGCUUUUCACCCCAAAAGACAGACUUUCGGGAGACCAGAGCAGCAGUGGCUAUACGAGGCAUCACAGAAGCCAUCCACUUGUGGGUGUUCCCCCCGCCCCAGAGCCCCCCGGGUGCAGUCCGCUCGGCCUGGCCCCCUGCGCAGGUCCUUCGGGAGCAGCCACUCUCCUGGGAUCUACGGGAGCUCAGGAGCAGCACAGCGGGGCCUGACACCAUGACCCUGAGUGUCCCAGAGGGGUUUCUCUUUCCCUGAAGAAGGGGAGCCUGCUUAAGCCCAAGAGUCCCCCAAAACUGGAAACCAGAGCGUACGCCUGGGGGCACAGGUAUACAGAGAACCCAGGCGUGGCUCCAGCGUUGGCCGUGGACGUCGUGACCUCCCAGCCCAGGGACCUUCGCCCUUCAGCACCCUUCCGCAGCUGCUAACAGCCCACCUGCCUGGCCCUGGUCUCCAGCCGCUGCCUGACUCCAGGGUCCUGUCUGCUGUGCGGAGCCCCCACUGGGGUCAGGCCGGGACGUGUGCGCUGACCUCCCUGUGCUGCCGUCCUGGGGGCCCGGGUCACACUCCAGCUCUGCCUCUAGGGACCUGUCCAGGGAGGACUUCUGAAAGCUUGUGGUCAUGUGCUGGCUCCUGGCGGAGGCCCGUUCGGCAGUCCAUACACCGACCCCGGGUGGAGGCCCCUCCCACCCCCCAUCCGCUUGCCCUCGGGAAGGGAGCCAGAGGCCAUGGGUGCGGUUCAACAGCUUCGUUUUAUUAAAGGUGCGGGUGAGCUGCCUGGUUCCACGGCGUCCUCCCACCAGA